AGUCAACAUUGUUGCAAUCCUUUCCACUGGAUCAGUCAAUGGAAUGGUCAAUUUUUUGAGCACAGUUGUCUCACUCAUUUCAGACUCAUCGCACACCUCGGUCAUGAUGACAAACAAUGUCUGGUCCUCACAGAUAGGUGGGAUUUGUUCGAAGAAGAUAAACCUGAAGACCAGCUUGAGCCUGAAGAUUUACCAUCUGUGUCAGGACCUGAGUUCCAGCCAAAGGAAAACACAAUAGUCAUCAUUGACAAGUCAGGAGUUCAUCGCCUCAAGGUUCAAUGUUGUGAUUGUCCAAAUGCCAUGAGUCCAGACAUUCAAAUGUUUCGACAUGGAUUGUUCCCCACAUCAUUUAACAAGCCCAAGACUUUGUUCACCUUUAGGGUGCUUGAUGAUUUUCUAUUGGACAACCUUGAAUGCAGCACCUUAGUGAUGAACUAUUAUAGCAAGCUUCAGCAAAUGACCUUGAGCAUGUUUCCACACCUUGGUCCAGUAAUGCUAUAUCUCUAUCAUUUCAAGGAUAUUAUAUUGACAAAGCAUUGGAGGCAGUUGAAGGCCAUGAAAUGGCAUGGAUUUGGCCAUCAUUCUGACAACCUGAAUGCAGGAGAUCUCACAUUGUUUUGCCCCACAUGUCCUUAG